AUGACGUUAUAUCAUUUCGGAAAUUGUUUAGCUUUAGUUUACGUUCCAUACUACCUGACAUACAAAUUUUCCGGACUGUCGGAGUAUGGAACUUUUUGGAAAUGUGUUCAAUCAGGAAUGAUGUAUAUGUUAACGCAACUUUGUAAAAUGAUGGUUCUCGCCACUUUUUUCCCGACUUUAGACUCAACCGGUUGUACCUUGUUUGAGUUUUGCAAAAUAAGUGUAGACUUUGCUGAUUUAGUAGGAUUGUAUCUCGUUUUGUCUAGAAUACCCGGCAAAGGUCAUGCUAAGGUACUUACAGCAGGUAUAGGAUGGGCAGGUGCAGAAAUUAUUUUAACAAGAUGCAUUUUAUUGUGGAUAGGAGCUAGAGGUCAAGAAUUCCAUUGGAAAUACAUUCAAAAGUGUUUUGAAUCAAAUAUUAGUUUAAUGCAACAUAUAACAACAGCAACAUUGGUGUGGCUAUGGACGAGACACGAUUUAAAAAAAACCUUUGUGCCUGCUGUGUUAAUGCUUUUGGGACUUUGUGUAUAUAAACCAUUUGUUUUAGAUUUCUUUAUAAUAAUGCUUGAUAUUGGUCCUUGGACUACUUUAAUUCUUAAAGCUGCAUUCACAUUAAUUAUUAGUGUUGCAUCCCUACAGAUAUAUGCUGGAUUAGCCCAUUCAAUUGGUAUUUUUUAA